UCAAUUAUAAUAGAAAAAUUUAAAAAAAUCCAGUUAAUUAAUUUCAAAAAUUAUAAAAAAUCCUGAUAUUUUAAACAACAUGGCCUAUAAUGUACUCAAUAAAAACGACUUUGAGCUGGAGCUUGAAGAUGCCGAUGGUAAAUUGGUUAUCAUCGAUUUCUAUGCCAAUUGGUGUGCACCCUGUAAAAUUAUCAAUCCCCAACUGGAGGAGUUAUCGGUGCAAUAUGCGAAUAAAGUAAAAUUUCUAAAAGUUAAUGUGGAUGAUUGUGAGGAUAUAGCCAUGGCUUAUAAUGUCACCAGUAUGCCUACGUUUGUUUUUGUAAGAGAUCAGCAGAUAAUUGAUGUUUUGGUGGGUGGUAAUGUGGAGAAAUUGGUUAAAAAUAUGGAGAAAUAUAUGAAAGAAGAUGGAGAUACUAUAGAGAAGUAUACGGGUGUUGUAGAAGAAGUGGAGGAGGGAUUAGAGGUGGAAGAUUUUGAGUUGGAAAAUGAUUUGGAUGUGGAGAGCUUGCCGGAGGAUCCUUCAGCAGUUUUGGAAAUUAUUGUUGAUGAAUCAAUGUAGUUUUUAAUUUGAAAUAAAAUAUGUUUUAUAAUUUGUUGUGAUUUUAUAAAA